AUGUCUGAAACAAAACCCGAGGUAGAAGCUACUGCCGCUGUCAUGGAGGUGGAUGUCAAGGAGGAAGCUGCUCCCGCUGUUGAGGACGUCAAAUCCGCCUCAGAACUUGGUCCCGCUCCUACUGUAGAAGGCAAAAGCGAAGAGGAAGUCCAAGAAUUACUCGAGAAAGCUGCUAAGCAAAUCUGCUUCUACUUCUCCGAUUCCAAUCUUCCUGUAGACAAAUACUUUUUCUCACUUACCUGUUGUAACACCGAAGGUUGGGUCCCUAUCAAGACCAUUUUAACUUUCAAGCGAAUGAAGGAAUUCCAAGAUCUUGGGAUAGAAUUCGUCAGUUACGCUUUAAACAAGAAGAUUGCAGAAGAGGGAAUAGAUCCUUUAGUUGCUUUAUCUACAGAUAGUGCAAAUGUCAGAAGAAAGAGACCUCUUGAACCAAACUCCACUGCAUGGAGCAGAUCAGCUUAUAUCAAGGGAUUCGGAGAAGAUGAUGAGGAGGGUAACAAGCAAGAGAAAAUUGAGAAGUACGUGGAUCAAUUUGGAAAGAUCAACGCCGUCAGAAUGAGAAGAGCAGAUAUAGAAGAGAAAGGUGCUGCAGGUAAAGGAAAGGGUAAAUUCAAGGGUUCCGUAUUCGUUGAAUUCUCUUACGAACAAGAUAUGAAGAGCUUCUUGGCAUUAUCUGAAAUUCCCAAAUUCACAGAAGAUGGAGAAGAGAUGGUAAAGAUGUCCAAGGACGAGUACGUAAAGAUGAAGGCAAAGGAGAAGGGUAUACCCGACAGCGAAAUCUUCAAGGGUAAACACGAUGGUGGAAAGUCUCGAGAUGUUGGACGAAAGUUCAAUGCUUUCAAAGAGAUGGACAAAGCUAAGAAAGGUAUCAUACCUUCGCUUGCUAAAAUUGGAGACGAUGUAGCUGUUGUCGGAAUCAGACCUGGAUUCACAAAAGGUGCUAAAGAUGGACGAAAGAGGGAGAGAGAUGACGAGGAUGGAGAUGACAGAGAUGGAAAAGUUGCUAAGAAAGAGGACAAACCUCUUGUUAUCGAAUACAAAGGGGCCACACUUGAAUGUGAUCGAAAGACUGGUAAAGUACUCGAUUCUUCAAAAGUACCUUUCGAGAACGACUCUUCCAUCAAAUUCAUCAGCCACGGCGAGAACGAGCAAUGGAAGGAACUCAAAGAGCAAGUCGCAAACAUCAUCUCAAACCCUUUCCUUGCUUUUCCUCCUGGAUCCAAAACCGGUACUGUUGCCAGCAACGACAACACCAUCAUUUCAGACGAUAUACUCACUAAACUCAGGGACGCAAAGCUCCUUUUCGGUGGUGUCGAGGUAGAAUGGGCUCGAAUGGAUGAGGAGGAGCAACGAAUCUUUUGGACUACCCGAGCCAACUUCCAAGGAAAGGUCGCAGCAGAUCGACUUGCAGAGGCAGAAGAUAAAGGACGAACUGGAUCACGAGAUUUCAAGGGUAAUGGUCGAGGUCGAGGUGGUAGAGGACGAGGUGGUGGUCGAGGUGGUCGAGGUGGAAGAGGUGGCAACAGGGGUGGAAGAGGUGGUAACAGAGGUGGACACAGAGAUAAUAACAGAAACGCAGAACAAUCUUCUGCUCACCCAUCCAACUCAAUGCCCCCUUCCCUUGGUACUGGUGCAUAG